AUGUCCUACAAUCAGUACAACCAGAACCCCUAUCAACAGGACUCAACCCAGGACAGUUCCUACGGUUAUGGCCAGGCCAAUCCUUAUGCGCAAGACGCGCCAGCCCCGGGCAACAAUCAAUAUGAGAUGCAAGACUAUUCGCAACAGGCUCCCGCUGCUACGUCAAGUCUUUCACAGCAGGAAUUCUUGAACCGCGUACAAAAACUUCGCGAUGAGAUCAAGGGUCUGACCGACGAUGUUGACUACAUCGGCCAGCUCCACCAGCGCACUCUCAGCAGCACCGAUGGAUCCGCCAACCAUGAUCUCGAGCAGUAUGUUACCCAGACUCAGAUCCGCAACACCGCCAUCAAGGACGGAAUCAAGGGACUAGAGCGCGACCUUGCGAAGACCAAUGACAGUACCCGCACCACCAAGACCACCCAGUUGCAGUCUCUCAAUACCUUCUUCAAGUCAGAGCUCAACAAGUACCAGAGCAUCGAGAGCGAUUACAGGCAACGCUACCGCGAUCAAAUUGCCCGCCAGUACCGCAUCGUAAAUCCCGAUGCUUCCGAGCAGGAGGUUCAGGAAGCUGCCAGCGCCGAUUGGGGCAAUGAGGGUGUCUUCCAAACUGCUCUGCGAACAAACCGCACUGGACAUGCCAGCUCCGUUCUUGGCAACGUCCGCGCCCGCCACAGCGAGCUUCAGCGUAUCGAGCAGACUCUUAACGAGCUCUCCGUCCUCUUCCAGGAGCUUGCCACCGUUGUCGAACAGCAGGAGCCUGUUAUCAAUGCCGCCGAACAGAAUGCGAUCAGUGCCAACGACCACAUGAUUAAGGGCAACGAACAGGUCGAAGUCGCCAAGAAGCACGCGCUCAACCGUCGCAAGCUCAAGUGGUGGUGUGCUCUUGUCGUGCUUCUCAUUAUCAUCGCCAUCGCUGUCGGUGUUGGUGUCGGUGUGAGUGUGGCCAACAACAACAAGAAGUAG